AGUCCGGUAGUUUUCACCAUGAGUGUUAUGAGGACGUCUUGAAUCGUGCUGUGUAGUAGUGCAGUGUUUAUGCGUGUGAGUUUAUGCGGCGCAAGCGGCGAUGGCGGCGCGCCGGCUCGUGCUCAACGGGCUCACGGCGGAGGUGGAGGGCGAGGGGGCGGGCGUGGUGGUGGGGGGCGAGGGGCAGUCGCCGGACUCGCUGGAGUUCUACCACGAGCUGGAACUGUAUCGGCAGCUGCUGGCGCUGCCCGCCGAGCCGAGACGUGCGCGCACGCCGGAUCCCAGGCCCACUAAGAGCACAGAGCCAACGCCGCCGCGGCGUAGCCGCACGCCGUGCGCUCGCGUCUCCGCCCCCGCUGCAGUGCCGGCGUCCACGCCUGUCCCCGCGCCCGUGGCCACGCCCGCGCCUACCCCCGCUCCCGCCCCCACCCCGCGCGCCGCAACUCCGGCGCCUGCGACGGGACACACUCGUCCGGCUCAGAAUAACGAAAUUUCCCGCUCGCCGGCGUGUGUGAUGCGCCACUUUGCCGGCGCCGCGCCCGUCCGCGGACGACUCUGA